AUGUCUGCGUCAGGCAAUCAACCAACAGUCGUUAAGAAGGAGUACAAAUUAAAAGCCGGGCCGAAGCUCAUUAUUUUUAAAGGUAGUAUACCCGACUGGCCCAAAAUGCAGCAAGAAAGACCAGAUAAGAUAACACCCGUUGCUGUUGUGAAUGCCGCGAAUCAGCGGCUAUGCGGAGGCGGAGGCGUCGAUGGAAUGAUACAUAGUAAAGCUGGACCCGAACUUGCUAAAGAGUGCUUAAGCAAGCCAGAAGUCCGGCCAGGAAUCCGAUGCCCGACCGGAGAGGCCGUCGUGACCAAGGGUUACAACUUCAAGACCGACUACAUCAUCCACACCUGCGGUCCAGUUUACGCCAAGGAGCGCGACCAGGAAUGCGAAGAGCACCUUACCAACGCCUACCGGAACUCGUUGCUGAAGGCACAGGACCUGGGCGUGCGCUGCGUUGCGUUUGCCGCCAUCUCUACCGGCGUGUACGCUUACCCUUUUAAGGACGCUGCCAAGGUGUCUCUCACAGUACUUAAAGACGCCAAACCGCCGCUGGAAGAGGUAUGGAUUGUGCUGUUCACGGAUGGCGACUUCAAGACUGCCACCGGGUUGGCUGAAGAGCUCAACUUAGCGCCGUACGUUGCCCCGGUGGAUACGACGCAGAAGAAGACGGCGCCAGCUCCCAGCAGCGCGUGGAGCGACAUGGGUGGCUGA